AUGUGACCUAUAUUUUUCUCUGAAUUGGGUCAAGAAUUUGUCUUCAAAUAUAUUGCCUAAUUCGUGGUCCAGUCGUUUUGAAACAAUCGUAGCAAUAAGCAGCACGCUAAAGGAGACAUGGUGUUUGGCUUGUUUGAAUCUCCCCGACCUUUUAAAGGUCAGGAGUACUCCAAACUGAAGAAGCAGUCACAAGAGUCUUGUCAUCCUUUCAUUGACAAUGAGUUCCCACCCGAUGACAAGUCUUUAUUCUACAGUAAAGGGAAACUUGCUGGGGUCAUCUGGAAGAGACCAAAGGACAUUUGUGAAAACCCGCAGCUGUUCGUUGAGGGUGUCGACAGGGGUGAUGUUCACCAAGGCCGACUUGGAAACUGCUGGUUUGUGGCGGCUUGUUCAUGUUUGACCCUCUACAAGGAGAUUUGGCACAGGGUCAUACCCAACCACAAGGAACAAGAAUGGAACGAGGAGAAACCUGAAAACUACUGCGGUUUGUUCCACUUCCAAUUUUGGCGUUACGGUGAAUGGAUUGAUGUGGUCAUAGAUGAUUUCCUCCCCACCUUAAAUGGAGAGCUCGUGUUCGUCCACUCGCAGUCGAAGAACGAGUUCUGGAGUGCUCUCCUUGAGAAAGCUUACGCAAAGCUCUUUGGUUGCUAUGAGGCUUUGGAUGGUGGAGAUUUGGCAGAAGCACUUGUCGAUUUCACAGGUGGGGUUGCUGAACCACUUGACCUAGUCGAUGGCAAAUUCAGCGAAGACGAACCCAAGAGAGGUGAACUCAUGGACAUGUUGGAGAAAGAAAUGGGCCAUAAAUCACUCAUGGCUGCUUCCAUCCCGGCUAAGUCGGCUGAUGAAAUGGAGGCACACACAGAUAUGGGCCUGGUGAAGGGCCAUGCAUAUGGUAUCACCGCAGUGAAGAAGGUACCCCUGGCAGGGACGGGAUUGUUCAACCUAUUCAACCGAGAGAAGAUCAAAAUGAUUCGACUCCGAAACCCAUGGGGUGAGGGCGAGUGGAAAGGAGCAUUUAGCGAUGGUUAUGAAGGAGAAGGUUCCAAGGAAUGGGAAAAGAUCAGCACCAAGGACCGUGAAAAGAUAGGAUUGACAUUUGAUGACGAUGGCGAGUUCUGGAUGACCUUUGAAGACUUCUGCAUUCACUUCCACGAUGUCUCCAUCUGCCGUGUGGUGAACACAUCUUUCCUGAGCAUUCGGAAAACAUGGCGGGAAGUUGUUCAUCAUGGCCAAUGGAAGAAACCGCAACUCGCAGGUGGAUGCCUCAACAACAGGGAGACAUUUUUGAACAACCCCCAGUAUGUCUUUGAGGUGCCUGGUGAAGAAGAUGAAGUCCUCAUCUCAGUUAUGCAAAAAGCCUCUAGGGGGCAGGGUCCAGAGGCGGACAAGCUAGUCAUGGGGUUCACUGUCCUAAAGGUUGAACUCAAUCGGUCCUACCGAGUCCACCGCUUGUCAGAUGUGGUGAAGUCCUCAGCAUAUAAGAACAGCAGGAGUAUAUUUCUGCGACAUACCUUUGAGAAAGGGCGUUAUGUGAUUUUCCCCUGUACGUUUGAUGCUGGACAUGAAGGAAAAUUUUUAUUGAGAGUCUACACUAGUUCUCAUAGUAACAGCAAAGAGCUGAUUGAAGACAAGCCAAGCAAGAAUGCAUGUUUCUGCUUCAAGUACCCCCAGUUAGUUACCAAGAUCACGGUCACCAAGGCCAAUGGCUUGGAGAAGCAGGAUACUCGUGGAGGUGCCGAUCCGUACUGUAUUAUUGAAUGCGAGGGGCAUAAUGCGACUACAAAAGUGUGUAAAGACACUUUGAAUCCUUUCUGGAAACAGGCGGCCAUUUUCUACCGAAAGACACCACUGAAGAGUCCCAUCACUGUCACAAUUUGGAACAAGAACCCAGUCAUGGAUGAAUUCAUGGGGCGGCAGAUCUUUACCUCGGUCGAGGAUAAGGAGGGUGUAGUACAGGAGGUCAGCUUGAUGGGCAAGAACAAGGAUAAAAACCCAGUCAAACCGGGACGUCUCUUUGUUGAGAUUUCUACCAAGACGGAUCUGGUCAGUCUUUGAACGUAUAUUUGCUGGGGACGUUUUGAGAGCUACGUUCACUGGACUUGGUGCAACUAUUAAGUUUGGCUGAAUAUCAAUAUGUUGUAAAUGAGAACAUGGGACCUUGAUGUCUUGUUACUGAAGGCAGUGUAACUCCAUUGGACUGUGCCUCCUUGUGACAUACCAGUGCAACUGUUUUAUGUAACAUACUUUUGUUCAGUCUCACAAUACUGGCAGAAUCAGUUUUUAUGGUUUUCCAAUACAGUAAACAUGGAAAUAUUUGCGGCCUUUUUAUUUCGCUGUAUGUGAACUUUGAACUUUAGCUUACCGAUACAUUAAAUUUAGCAUUUCGACAACCACUCAACAUUGCUCUCAGUUUGAUUUUCUUUCUCACUGCCAUUUAUUUUCCGGAAUUCUGUGAACGCAGACACUCAAAAAUUAAAGGCAUGCGAAUAUUUCUGGGUUUACAGUGAAUUGGAAUGCUGUGAUAUAUAAUUCAGUUACAUCAUUUUUAUACUGUAAACUACCAAAUUUUUGCAGGCUUUAUUUCUGCAAUGCGCGAAAAUGUCUGAAAAGAACAAAAAAUGUCCUGAUUUUUAUUUGGCAUAUUAUGAAAUUUUCAAGAAAUAUAUUUUUGCAAUUGGCUCACCGUAGGGGAGUGUACACAAUACCACAGUGUCCGUCGUCGUCCUUGUCCGUUGUCGUUGUCGUCCGUAUCCUAUUUAAAAAACAGCGGCACAUUUCUUAACAGAUAGGACUAUGAACUUGAAACUUUGUACAAAGGACCCCCCAGGUCAGGUGACCUCUGACACUGAAUUUCGUCCUGAUCUGAUUCUCAACUUGACCACCAGGGGGGACAAAAGUGGAAACCUAAAAAGUGUGAUAUCUCUCUUAUAUAUGUAUAUAUAUAUACACAUAUUUUAUUUGUAACAAGUAUUAACAGACAGUGUAGUAAUCCUGUGCUUAUACAUACAUGUGCAUGUGUGUGCAUGUAUAUGAUACGAAGCAACUUGAAGGUCCAGUGAUAUAUCUAAGAUUACAGAAAUUAAUUGUUUUACAUCAUAUAUUAAGCUAUACCAGAUUAAAAAUUGAAGAAGUCACUCAUAGUAGGUUUAAAAUAUCAGUCGUCUGCCUGGCUUCUCCUGGGUUUUCUUCCCUAAAGUACAUGAAAUCACGGAUUACAGAAGCCAGAUGAGCUGUUUCAAUGUCCAUGCGAGGAGUCUGAAUGUUGUUUACAGUUAUGUGCUGUACCAAGGGUCAGGGAAUUUGAAGAUAGUCUGCAAUGUUACCGAUGUUGUUUGAUGUUGACGACAUACUUAUGUUAUGUAAGGUAGUUUUUAGACAGGGGUGUGGUACCGUAUUGGGUUAAUGUACUUAUGAAUUUGAGUUGAUCAGAUGUUUUAGCUUUACUCCAAUUAUCAAAAUAUUGUAUAUUGCGGGGUCGAAAGAGUUAAUGCCCAGUAGGUUCAGUUAUGUGUGAGAAUCAGUGAUAGUCUGACCUUGGCCAUGUUGGAAUGAACAUUGUAUGAUGUCAUAAUUUGAGAAACAAUUGGGUGACCUGCACAGGCAACGUCAACACUGACCAGUGGUCAAUCCAGUUUGUUUAACUAAUAUAUUGUGUAAAUUGUAGUAUACAUGCUUCCCGAAAUUGGUGGCUUGCAUUGGAACUAACUUUAUCCCCCUUGUCUGUCAUUAAAGGCAUUCAAGUGUGUUGGUCAACCAUGAUUAUCUGCUUUGUCCCUCCACCAUAAGGCCUAGUUUCCCCUUAUGACAUCACUAUUUCGGACACUCAGCGCCCCAUUUCUGGAAAGGUGUAUAGAGUACAUUAAUAGUAAGUCUGGUUGGCUUGAAAUGAUAGGAUAUAAGAUGAGUAAGGGAUCACAGGUUGGGGGACCAUGGCCUGAAAGUAACUAAGGGGUCAGGUUACAAUUGGUACUUGAGUCAUGGAAAUUGGUAUAUAAACCCUAGGUUUUAGAGACUCAUGUAGACAGUUUAGAACUGCCAGAGGGUAUAUCCACAUCACGCCACCCAGCACCAAUCCAUACAAGAAAACCCCUGUUUGAUAUCCAGUUUGAGUCUAUACUGUUGAAAGAGUUUUGACAGUAAUACAUUGACUCUGUGAUUCAAAUCGGACUCAGUCCUGGUUACUGCGGAAUGAACCAUUUUUGAUGAAAUGUGACCCGCCACGGCAAAAUAAGUCGCACGUCGAACAGAAGAUGAGCCUAAAAUGACACCAGGACAUAGUAGAAGAAAUUGAUCUACUCAGAUUUCACACAAGGCAGACAAUAGUGAAAUGAACAACCAGUCCGUCUCAACCUGUCAAGCUCGGAGCGACAUGCGACUUAUUUUGCCAUGGUGGGUCACAAAUGUUUGUGGCAGGUUCUCCUUGCAAGAAUGCAUCACAUAAUAUGUGAUAUUUUUAUACGGGUUUUGGAUUUGACCAAUUUUCAAGGUCACAGGUCAAAUGGCAUAAAUUGGCUUUUGAGUGUAACUAUAACAUGUUUCUUAACCGCUGAAACUAUGAACUUGAAAUUUCGUACAGAUGACUCCCUUUGUCAUAUAAGUCGUACUUCCACCUAUCAAAUCCCCGUGUCUUUUGCGCUUACACCUAUGAAUUGCCGUGUCUAAAUAGACCCGUGUGUCAGAUCCCCGUGUCUAUUAGCCCCAUCGAGCUCGAUGGGGCUAAUCGGGGCUAAUAUAGACCCGUGUUCAACACGGGUUUUUUGAUAGGUGGAAUCUGAAUAGACACGGCUUGCAAGUACUAAGAUCCGGCGACAGAUGGCGCGGUGUAGUUGCCUCGGUAUUGCACAUGUGAAAUUCCCCUCCAAUGGGAAAGAAACACAGGAGAGCUCCCUACCUACAGCGCACCUGUCGCCGGGGCUAUCAACCAUUAUCGAACACCACUGAAAGGUGUAAGUGCGCCCCAGGUUUUUUGACACACGGCGAAGACACGGGUCUUGAAAAAACACGGGGUUUUAUGAUUGGUGGAACUACGACUAUAACACUGAAUUUCGGUCUGAUCUGAUUCUCGACUUGGCCACCAGGGGCCCUAACUAAAAAAGGUGAAAAGUCGUUUAUAAGCGACUUGUUUUCAAUGAUAUUUUUAUGGUAGGUACUCCGAGCAAGGAUACAUCACAUAUCCUACGGGUUUUUGAUUUGACCUAAUUUUCAGGGUCACAGAGGUCAAAUGAUGUGAAUUGGCUGUUUGAGUGUAACUAUGGCACUUUUCUUAACUGCUAAAGAUAUGAACUUGAAAUUUGCUGUGUCCGUCGGCGUUCAUCAUCGUCAUCGUCUGUAUCUUGUUUCAAUAACAGUGGCACAUUUCUUAACCGCACGAGCUAUGAACUAGAAACUUUGUAGACAGGACCACCCAGGUCAGGUGACCUCUGGCAGAAUCUAUGGAAAAUAUUGUUUAAGUCCACCAGAAGAAAGAUUUGUUGUAAUAGGUCAUUCUGUACCCAUUCCUGAAUGAUAAUCACACAAUUUUUUAGCAUGGCAUCGAUGACUUUUUUAAAUAUAGUGAAAAUUAAAAAGAUUGACUACUGCCCGGUUGCUAUGGUCAGGUGGACAGACAACCUAUCGAAGAAAGUGGACAGACAUUGUAAGAAUUCUUGUUUUUUUUACAAGGUAAACCUUGCAAUUGAUAUCUUCUUUUGAAGUAUGAGAACAGUGAUGAAACAAACAUAUAAAUACAGGCUUUACUUAUAAGUGGUAGAUGUUUUGCCGUUUGUAUGGUCAGGAUGGACAGACAUAAAAAAUGACCAUAGCAACAAGGACAGUCAAAUUCGGCUGAGGAGAGUACUCAUCCUGGAAAUUUGCAAUUUUCCUGCUGACCACAAUUAAUGAUUACAAAGAAAUAUCUUAUGGAUUGUUCUCUGGGUGAUUUCUGCCGAUUUCGGACCUGUUGCUAUGGUCAGGGUGGACAGACAUGAAAAAUGCAUCACUGGACUGGUUUGCGUCAUGUUGUAGAUCAUCACCUUGCAAUUGAUCCUCAGUAAUGACAUCACAGUCUUGUUGGUUUGCUUCAUCACCGCACGGUCUGAAAAUGGUAACAUAUUUCAUUGGCACAAUGCCCUGAUAUUGCAGACCAGACUAGAGGUAAUCACAACACAAAAUAUUAUUCUCCAAAGCCUGACACUUUCAUACAAUUUAUCUAUUUACAUCAUCAUAGUAGUUAGAAUUGUGUACAAGUGUAUGACAUCCUAGAACUCAUUCAAUGUCGACAGUGCAAAGUCACUUACCUCUCAAGUGAAAUUCCACAUUCAGCAAGUAUACCGUCUAUAUCGAAUUCCUGAUCUGUUCCAUCUGUUUUCGAAGCUUGGUCAACAUCGGAAGAAACCAGGGGCUGAAUGCGGCGCACCUCGAACAUUCCCACUGCUGCAUUGCUGCACUUUUUCCGACACAGAUUUCCUGGGGCCUGCAGUUGCAUCCUACACGCCUCACAGAAGCAUGAAAGCUGUCUUGUCUGGAUCUUGUAUGGUUGUCCAACAGUGUUUUCGGCUUGAUGAAUUUUUCUGGUUCGGGGAAUGGUCUUAACUUGUGUGUAUGGUCUGUCUCUUUUGAUUUCGCCACUUUUCACCAAGAGGAAACUACGCUUUGACAGGACGAAGUCAGACUCGGCAUUCCGCGUGCACCAGUUAUAGACGUCUUCUUCACCAUUUAUAACAAGUUUGGAUCCCAAUUAAGCUCGAUCCAGUGCUCGAUUGAUCACUCCGAUUUCUCCAUCACCUUCGCCCUUUCCAUGUUCUGAACCAUAGUAGUUUCGACUCACGGGAUGAUCAUGCUGUAAACUGAGGUCAGCAAAUGGACCAGCGCUUUUAUAUUGACAGCUACAACCAUCGCUGAAGACUACUUGAACUCUCAAGUUAGGCAUCUCAGCUAGCAGCUUGGUUUUAGCUAUGUCACAGAAGUGCUUGACAGCAUGGUGAUCAUGCAUAUUGUCUUUGGAGAAGAUGAUGAUUGAAUGACGCACAAGUCCCUCUUUACUUUUGUGAUAAGAGACAACGGGAUGAAUGGUUAUUUGCUGAUGAUUGAAGAAGGCAGUCUUUAUCUCAUCCUCAUGCAUGGUAGAACGAUUUUUCGCAAAGUCAAUGACUUGCAACAACCAUCCGGGUGGGAGUUCCUUUUUCAACUUCGAGUAUUGGAAACUCUGCCAAUGCGCCGUGCUCAGAUGUUGCACAAAUGUAACAGCUUGGGUUGGGCGUAACACAUCUGCAAGCAAUCCCGAGAAAAUCUCUUCAAAUUUGCCAGACUUGGUUAACAGCCUCCUUCGUAUCUUCCCAUCUGUGCUUUCCAUGCGUUUCCAUUCACACCAAGUAAAUACUAUUCCUUGGAGGGCUGCAUCCUCAUUGAAGUAGUUGCGCAAAGUACUUUCCUGAUCUUUACAGUGCUCACAAUCUCCUAUGCACUUGUUGUCAUGAAAGCGGGCGGCGUCUGACUUGGUACAUCACAGAACGUCCAGCAAGUCACAUUCAUUGAGCAGUUCUCUAUUUGGGUCUGACAUGAGACGGCUGAUAUCAAGCAGUUUGUAGCGCACGUUGAUACAAUAGACACAGCAACAAAAUUCCCUGUACUUGGGACUAAGAAGGCGCUCGUUUUUCGGCCUCAGUCGUGCAAACUUUGCAAAUCUGACUUUUAACUCAGGAUGUUCAACUCGAAAUUUACUAAGGGCAGACUUGACUGAAACCUGCAAGGAAUAGCCUGGUCCAUGCUUUGUGGCAAACCUCUUUUGUGGAAGAACACAACUGAUAUCCUUUCGAAUAUAGAAUUUCUGCACUGCAUCUUUCAAUACAUUGGCACAUAUUUCUCUCCUUCGAACUUUGUGGCGUGGGAAAAAUUUCUUUCGUAAGUGAAGCUGUUUCCUCACAUGUCGUUUGCUUGCCUUCGUCACAAGCUUGCAAGCAAGAACCCGCACAGCCUCCCUCCCGGCCUUUGUUGAUUUCAACUCGAGGAUUGAAGAUUUAACAUCUGGGGAGAAGAACUCACAGUCCAACUUUCUCCGUUUCGCCAAGUCCGGGAAUUCCUCAUCAACAGCUUUUCUUUUGCGAGGCGAACAGUUCUUGACAAGAGAUGCAACAACCUUGGCAUAUUUGCCAGAGUUCUUUGGCUGCCGAGUCCUAGCCUUUGAAAUUACAUUAUACUGAGACUUUUUGCAUUUAAAUGCCAGCGAGGCUGUGGUCUGUUUUUUUCUUCCCACUGGUGUCUUCGAUUGAUCAUGUUGAUUGCCUGCAGCUGGAUUCCUCUUAUUCCACUUACUCUUCUUAUCUUUUUGCCGAAUUGCAUAUUUCUUUUGGGGGGGUCUGUUUCUUCCUCCAUGCCUGCUUUUGUUCACGCCAUUUUAAGCGCUGACUCUCUUCAGUUUGCCUUGUGACGACAGGGAGCUUGACCUUUAGAUGUCUCUGUUUGGGUCCAGGUUGAAUUCCUUGCCGAAUUCGCUCCUCAUAAUUCUUCUGGCGUAUGCGACCCAGGGCUUUCUCAUGCUCAUUCUGUUUGAUAGCAGCCUUUGAUGGUUUCUUUUUUGCAAGACUGCUUCUGAGGCGAUCUCUUCUUUGCAUGCAUCGAACACGUUGGCUUUGUAAAUACUUCUCAUACUCCUCUGGGUUUUCUUCCUUCUGUGUCCUCCGAUAAAGUGUGAUUUUACUGACCAUCCUGAAGUGUAAAUAUUUUCACAUAACAACAUACAUGUAUUGACUGAGGACACAAAUUUCUAAAUGUCAACUUUCCAUUCCAAGCCUUAACAAAAUAGUUCAAAUCAAACCUUGCAACCUUAUUUACUAUGCCUUACCUGCCAGUGAACCUGGAACUUUGCAGCGACUAUCGUGGCCUACCAAUGAUUAAUGCCAUGGGGUCGUGCCUGAAAAAAAAGGGACAUUAGAAAACAUGUGUGCUGCAAUGCAUUCCCCCAAGCCAAGUCACGUAGGCCUUAUGCACACCAAGUCACUAGGCCCUAGGCCUACAGACAGGCAGGCAAGGUGCCAUGCAAUAUAAGGCCUAUUUGACGUGUUUUUGAACAUGGGACUGGAGGGCCCGGAUUGGACACUCUCAAUGAGACUCAGAAACUUUCAGGCUGUUAGGUGCCACCACUGGUCAGCGGUCCCAGGACCUUGAACACGAUCUGAUGUCGGAGCAAAAAUGAAUGUCACAACGUCAUCCACAAUAUGGCACAAUCCAAGGCAGGUGUGGCUUACCUUGGCCUGAUGUCUAAAUCUGCGACGCACUGGGACCACUAGGCAGACCUUGAAAGUCGCUCAUUUAUUAAUAGCUAGGCCUAGGAAUCAUUGGCUCCCGGGAUAUAACAGACCCAGCAUGCAAUGUACAUGCACUGCCUGUGCAUAGGCUAGGCCCCAUCCCAUUUCAUCAUGUUCACAAUCAGAUUCCCUGUUGAGUGCUAAUUCAGAAUCAAUGCCAAAUGGACACAAAAUGACGAUAGCAUCUCUAUUUGUCCAUAUCUGACGAUCAUUACAACUAAUCAUGUCCAUUAACUGACGAUAGCAACGCUGACGUCCGUCCAUUUCUGACGAUACAGACACAUUUGUCUGUCCAAUCUGACGAUAGCAUCACAAGGCACAGCGUCUGCUAGCGUGCAGUCCAUCAGAACAAAAGUGCGACCUCUAGAUCGAUGACGUCUCGAAAACUUUCAAACUUUUUACCCAUUUCCGGGGUAGAAAAUGCACAGAUUUAAGCACACAGCUAGUGUACGUUGUUAAUCUGAGCUAUCGUCAGUAUGUUAGACAGACAAUUAUUUGUGCAAAUGUCUUUUUAAUCACCUGGUGAAACAAAACGGAAAAGCAGGAAUCGGAAACAAUAGCGACUGCGCAUGCGCGCAUCAAAUUUAUUUUCUCACCGACUUACAAUAAAACAAGGAAUCAAGGUGGAACGAAAUGUGAAUGUCAGCGCUGGUCAUUGGACAGACUGACGAUAGGUAAUUAAAAACAGUGAUUGUUCUGAAAGAAAUUGAGGUUUCCUGUCCCUCACGCAUUCUGUGAACGAAACAUCGACAAUAUAUUUAAAAAAUAUGGUAGUUAGAGGGUUUAUGGGGCUGUUAUACAUACACAAAUUGACUGUUUAAAUCAUCAGGUGAAAGGACAGACGUCACCUGACGAUCGCAACUGUAAUAAUGCAUUGGUUUCAAAAAUUGGGACCAAUGUAUGUCCACCUCAUAAGCUUGAAAAAAAAAGAAAAUAUUUGUAUUUUCUAUAUUAACAUUGAUUUUGGGGCAUAACAGCUACAACUGCUGCUAAAAUAUGACAUCUCAAAGACAAUAUAUUUACUUUUCUGAAAAGUCAGCAAUUUCAAAUGCUGGUCUUCCAUUUAGCAACACCCUACUAAAGUGGCCCUAAUUUCCAUAGAGUCUGCCCUUUGACAAUGAAUUGGUCCGAUCUGAUUCUGGCCAGAAGUGGAAACCUAAGAAGUGUGAUAUUUCUCUUUUUUGACUUGUUUUCGAUAAAAUUUUUAUGGUAGGUUCUCCUAGCAAGGAUGCAUCACAUAUAUUACGGUUUUUGAUUUGACCUAAUUUGCGAGGUCACAGAGGUCAAAUGCCGUAAAUUGUCCAUUUGAGUGUAACUGUGGCACGUUUCUUAACCGAUAAAGCUAUGAACUCGAGCUAGUACACAUGACUCCCUAUGUCAUAUAACCUCGGACAACGAAUUUCAGUCCGAUCUGAUUCUCAACAUGGCCACCAGGGGGCCUGAAGUUAAAACCUAAAAAGGGCGAUAUCUCGCUUAUCAGCAACUUGUUUUCAAUUAUAUUUUUAUGGUAGGUAUCCCGAGCAAGUAUACAUCACAUAUCACGGGUUUUUAAUUUGACUUAAUUUUCAGGGGUCAAAUGGUGUGAAUUGGCCGUUUGAGUGUAACUAUGGCACUUUUCUUAACCGCUAAAGCUAAGAACUUGAAAUUUGGUACACAUGACUCCCUAUGUCUUGUUAUCUCGAACAUUGAAUUUCAAUUUGAUCUGAUUCGCAACUUGGCCACCAGGAGGCCAAAACUAAAAAACCUGAAAAGUGAAAUAUAACGCUUAUCAGUGACUUGUUUUCGAUAUUUUUAUGGUAGGUACUCCAAGCAAUUAUACAUCACAUGUCAUACCGACUUUGGUUUGACCUAUAUACUAUACAUGUAGAAUGUUUCCUAACCAGGAUGAAUUCCUAACCACAAAAUAUCGAGACGGUGAGCACAAUGGCCCCUGGCUGUUUAAUCAUUUGGGAAAUAAGGUUAUUUGUGAAUUUUGCAAAAUCGGCGGUUUACAGUAUUACAUUUCGUGUCAGCAAAUUUAAAAACAAUAGCAUUUUAUUGUAGUCAUUGGUAUCCAUCGGUAUGUAUGUGACUCAAAUUUCGCUCUGUAAACAUGACAUGCUACAUGCUAUGUGCAUAUCACAAUUUACAAGAAGAAACACUUUCAUUCAUCUACUGAUGACAUCACUUAUGGCUUAGAAGUGUAUACAUGUUUUUAUGAUAUAUCUUUAUAUUCAUAAGGUUGAGGUUUCUUAUUACACUUCUGAAAUAACAGCUCAAGAUGUCUUAGGAAAUUUCUGUAUGGGUAACGUCUUGCAUUUGAAACUGUUCCAACAACUAUAGUAAGUAGAUUUUAUCAAGUAUCAUUUUUGACUAAGAUGAACUUUCUGAGCAUAUGAGGUUAAUCUUGAGGUGCAAGUGUUGCUGCCAAGUUCUAGUGAAGGAUCUUAUUGGCUGCACAUCCACAAAAAAAAUAUUUCAAAACAUUAAAUGUGGUUAUUUUCCUCACAUCUGAGAACAAAGAUGGAUUCCAGAGAAACUUUUCUGAAACACUGGCACUCUAUUAAUUUUUGUCGGGAGUCAAAAGGUUUUAAGGAGGCUCCCUCCUCCUACACUCGUGCCUUAGUAGAAAAAAUACAACAGUGUGCAAGUAUAAGUCAAAUAUGUCACGUUAUCACACAAUCCGUGCAAAUACAUGAUGCAAUGCAUUGCGUGACAUUAUCACACAUUGCAUCAUGCACUGGACAGCAAGGAAAUAGAUCAGAUGUACAGUUCUACCAGAAAGUAAAUGUCCGUUGUUUUUUGGCUCACCGUAGGGGAGUCUAUACAACACUGAUGUGCCCGUCGUUGUUUGGUUUGCAAAUAGUAGCUAAGGUGGUUAUUUUCAUCUUCAUUAAACUCUUGUGUGGUUAUUUUUGGAUUCCCUUAGCUGGUUAACCACUUAAGCAAAGAUAUUGCAAUGUGCCGAGCUUGCUCGAAGGAGUUCAUUUCUGACAGUUGUCUUAGGUGGUUAAACAUGGACUUGUCCAUUUUCUGUUUUUAGCUCACCUCUUAGCAGAGGUGAGCUUAUCCCCUACCGUGGCGUCCGUCGUCCGUCUUCGUCGUCGUCGUCGUCGUCGUCGUCGUCGUCCGUCGUCCGUCAGCAGGGCACGUUUCGUAACUGUUAGAGCUAUUGAGUUGAAACUUGGUACACAUGUACCCUUAUGUAAUGACACCUUGGAGACCAAGUUUCGGUCCGAUUCGUUUCAUGGUUUGGCCACCAGGGGGCCAAACGUUAAAAGUGAAAAUAUGCAAUAUCUCCCUUAAUAGUAGUCGGGAAAUUUUGAAAAAAAUAUGGUAGGUACUUCUAGCAAAGGUGCAUCAUAUAUCCUCCGGGUUUUUGAUUUGAUCUCCUUUUCAAGGUCACAGAGGUCAAAUGGUGUAAAUUGGCCGUUAGGAUGUAACGAUGGCACGUUUCUAAACUGCAAUGACUAUUGAUACCAAAUUCGGUACACAUUUACCCCUUAGUCAGGUGAUCUCAGGGACCGAAGUUUGGUCCAAUAUGAUUCACCACUUGACCACCAGGGGGCAAAAUCCAAAAACCUUAAAAGUGUGAUUAUUUCUUAACUUCUUGCUCGAUUGCCACCAAUUUGAUAUCAUGGGUACAUCUAACCACCAUACAGUAUAUGUCACACAGGUUUUUAAUUUGACCUUCUUGUCAAGGUCACAGAGGUCAAAUGGCGUAAAUUCGCCGUCAGGCCGUAACUCUGGCACGUUUCUUAACUGCAAUGACUAUUGAUCACAAAUUAAGUACACAUGUACCCCUUGGUCAGGUGAUCUUAGGUACCGAAGUUUGGUGCGAUCUGAUUUGCCGUUUGGCCUCCAGGGAGGUGGCCAAAUCCUAAAUUCUUCAAAAUGCCAUUAUUCCUAGUAAUGACUUGCCCGAUUGGCACCAAUUAUAUAUCAUAGGUACAUCUAAUUCCAACAACCAUUCAAUGUGUCACCCGGGUCUUCUUUGAUUUGACCUACUUUUCAAGGUCACAGAGGUCGAAUGUACUGUAAAUUGGCCAUUUUGGGGAAAUUGUAAUUGCUUGGACCUACAUCAAACCUAACACUACAUGACACAAUACCAUGCUCUUUAUCCAUCUUUCCUCCACAUGAGGUGAGCACAAUGGCCCUGGCCAUUUCAUUUUACCUCAUUAGUGAAGAUUGGAAACAAGGAAUGCCCUCCUAAGCAAGAGUUCGUAGGUGGUAACCACCUAAGGUACUGUUAGUUGCUUCGUCCGUCGUUGUCUGUCGUAGUCCGUCGUCAUCGUCGUCUGUAUCCUGUUCCAAAAACAGUGGCACGUUUCUUUACCGCUAGGGCCAUGAACUUGAAACUUUGUACGCAGGACCCCCAGCUCAGAUGACCUCUGACAAUGAAUUGUGGUCCAAUCUGAUUUUUAACUUGGCCACCAGGGGGGUGAGAGGUGGAAACUUAAAAAGUGUUAUAUAUCUCUCGUAUGAGUGACUUGUUUUCGAUAACAUUUUUAUGGUAGGUUCUCCUGGCAAGGAUACAUCGCUUCUCAUAGUUAGCUCACCUCUUAGCAGAGGUGAGCUUAUCCCAUACCGUGGCGUCCGUCGUCCGUCGUCGUCCGUUGUCCGUUAGCAGGGCACGUUUCGUAACUGUUAGAGCUAUUGAGUUGAAACUUGGUACACAUGUACCCUUAUGUAAUGACACCUUGGAGACCAAGUUUCGGUCCGAUUCGUUUCAUGGUUUGGCCACCAGGGGGCCAAACGUUAAAAGUGAAAAUAUGCAAUAUCUCCCUUAAUAGUAGUCGGGAAAUUUUGAAAAAAAUAUGGUAGGUACUUCUAGCAAAGGUGCAUCAUAUAUCCUCCGGGUUUUUGAUUUGACCUCCUUUUCAAGGUCACAGAGGUCAAAUGGUGUAAAUUGGCCGUUAGGAUGUAACGAUGGCACGUUUCUAAACUGCAAUGACUAUUGAUACCAAAUUUGGUACACAUUUACCCCUUAGUCAGGUGAUCUCAGGGAUCGAAGUUUGGUCCAAUAUGAUUCACCACUUGACCACCAGGGGGCAAAAUCCAAAAACCUUAAAAAUGUAAUUAUUCCUUAACUUCUUGCCCGAUUGCCACCAAUUUGAUAUCAUGGGUACAUCUGACCACCAUACAGUAUAUGUCACACAGGUUUUUAAUUUGACCUUCUUGUCAAGGUCACAGAGGUCAAAUGGCGUAAAUUGGCCGUCAUGCCGUAAUUAUGGCACGUUUCUUAACUGCAAUGACUAUUGAUCACAAAUUAAGUACACAUGUACCCCUUGGUCAGGUGAUCUCAGGUACUGAAGUUUGGUGCGAUCUGAUUUGCCGUUUGGCCUCCAGGGAGGGGGCCAAAUCCUAAAUUCUUCAAAAUGCCAUUAUUCCUAGUAAUGACUUGCCCGAUUGGCACCAAUUUUGUAUCAUAGGUACAUCUAAUUCUAACAACCAUUCAAUGUGUCACCCGGGUCUUCUUUGAUUUGACCUACUUUUCAAGGUCACAGAGGUCGAAUGUACUGUAAAUUUUCCAUUUUGGGGAAAUUGUAAUUGCUUGGACCUACAUCAAACCUAACACUACAUGACACAAUACCAUGCUCUUUAUCCAUCUUUCCUCCACAUGAGGUGAGCACAAUGGCCCUGGCCAUUUCAUUUUAAUCUCUUCCAUAACCUUUGAUAAAUACCCCCAUUACUUCAUGUAUGAGCUGAGUUGGCCAUAAAGACACUGAAUGACUCCAAUGUUGACUAUGAGGGGUGUUCUUAAAGGUCACCAGCUGUCUGAAAAAAACAAUCACCUGUAGCGAGCUAAAAACUAGUCUUCAAAAUCAAAGAAUUAAGCAGGAAUUUUCUAGUAAUGAAAGCAAAAAAAACCUUUCUUGUAUCAUAGUUCACCCAUACAUUGUGAAAAAGAACGAGGAUAAAAUAAAAUAAAAAAGUUACUUUUUGGACAUUUUUAAAAUGGCCUGUUACAUAAUGAUGAUGCAGGAUUAGCUUGGUCCAAAUACAGCAGAUACAUGACCAUCUAGAUAUACCAUUCUCUGCUGAAAACCGCAUUCAAUUAUCUAAUUCUAGGUCUGUGGGUUUAAAAAACCUGUGGACAUUUACUUUCGGGUAGGACUGUACAUGUAGUCCACCAUAUAAUGGUGCAUCUAUCAAGUGCUUGGUUGUCUCUAUUUGUAUAGAACUUUUAUGUCUAAAUUAUGUAUUGUCCCAGUACUUUGUAUAUAGUGUAUGCACCGGCCAAUAAUCAUGAAAUUGUUAUUGCUUGAAUUUUAGUUUUAAAUUACCCCAGGUUCCACUCUAUAUAACUAAAUACGCCUUGUGCAUUCCAGCCUAAAGUAUAAGAUUGCCUAUAUAAUGUACAUACACAAGCCUGUUUAGAAAUUUAGCUUACUGGACUCAACGCAACGCAACGCAACGGGCAAAAUGGGGGAGCGACAAUUAUUUUUGACCGUGCCUGUUUUUUAUCCUAAAAUAAACUUGGGGCUAACACAGCCACAGAAUACCUCCAUAUUGUGGAUGGUGUAGUUCCUGGUUUCGGGUUCGAUUUGUGAGAUUUACUCCCCAAUGGGUGGUGCAGUACGUUAGUCAUGGGUUUAAAUCUGGAUAUUUACUCCUCAAUGUGAUGGUGUAGUGCGUUGUUCAUAGAUUCAAUUCUUGUUAGUUUUUAUUGCUCAAUGAGUUUGUGUAGUGCAUUGGCCAUGGGUUGGAUUCCUGAUAUAUUCUCUUCAAUGUUGUGGCAAUGUACGUUAGUCAUGGGUUUGUGUCUUGAUAUUUACUCCUCAAUCGAGUUGUGUAGUGCUUUGGUCAUGGCCCUAAUUUGCAGAGUUUGUACCAAUGUCCAUAGGCCUAUGAUUGUGAUGAUUUCAUGUAACACAAUUUAAAGGUAUUUUUUCCACCUUUCCUGUUCCGUGUUGGUUUUCCCAUGCAAAUCAGAUCGUUAUCUCCACGGAGAGGCAGUGCGUCGGCAGCUUUAUGCGACAUUCAUUUGCCUAGGUGAUAUUGCGAGAUAUCCAAUUCAUCGAGGACCUGUGAUAACGACUUCUUACUCGCCAUUUUGCGAACUUUUGAACAUAAUUUUCUCAAAAGAAUCCGGCAAAUAGAGAUAUAGAAAGUGCAGCAGAUAUGCUGUGUAGGAAUUCCUCUACCACGCCAUCUAUUGAUAUAUACCGUAAACUAUGCUAGCAGACAACAAAUCAAUGGCUAUUUACCCAUGUCGGAAAAUUUCGUAUUUUUGCGAAUUUAGCAGUGAACGGACCAAAAGUCAUUUUCUCAGAAAUGCAAAAUUGGCAGCAAAAGAGUUAACUGCCAGUGAUUUGCACUGGUAGCGCCCUCUAUGACCAUAAUGGCAAAUAUAUGCACAGUUAGAUGCUUGUGCCGCCUAUCCAUACCCAUGAAUUUAGCCAAAUUCAUAUUCCAAACUAACCUGAUGUGACAAGAUAAUAGUCCCUUAACUCCAUUGUAUUAUCUGUAACUAAAAAUAGUAUGCCAUCUGCAUACUUUCGCCGGCUGCCAGUCCAUAUUAUAAAACCUUAUGUGUGCUGGAGUUCUGUGUCAUGGCUUCUGUGUGCUAGAGUUAUGUGUGCUCGCUUGACUCAAGCUUGCGUUUGCCUACUUUUGCAAAGAUAACUCCCCAUGUAACCACAAUCCUAGGAUGACCAGGCUGUGUAUUAUAAAUAAAAAAAUACACCGAGGGACCAUUGCUUUGGUUGCGAUGUUUGUGCAAAGUCCAGUAAGCCUAUAAACUCAGUCUCGUGCACACUUGACUAGACUAAAUUCACAUUGUCAUGAGAGGUGUGGAUUUACUCUAGUCUUAUUGUUCGAGCCAUGAAUAUUGAUAUCAAGGUUUAAUAAAAGGGAUUUGUCCAUCCGCCCUAUUAUUAAAUUUCGCUUUCUGUAAUGGUAAUCAGCUUUAUGAAAUUUGCUUCUACAUGGCUUACACAAAAUUUAUCCCGGUGAAAAACAUGAAAACACCUUUAAGUUAGCCUGCAUGGUUUGUGACUCUCUUGAGAUGAAACUCUGCAGCUGGGUAAUCUACUGUAAACUCCAAAUUUAACAACGUUUUAUCUUUGCAUUUCGUGAAAUUUGCAUAUAUUUGAUCGAGAAUAAACAUGCAAUGGGCUACA